CUGUGAUUGGCUGUCGCCUUUAACUGUACAUGGCGGCAAAAGGAAAAACUGCACCUUUUCCCGGUUUCGUUAUCUUGGAAUUGAGGUAGAGGAGGGGCGCCAUAGGUGCUGCCAGUCUGGAGAUGGUCAGAGCUGUUCCACUGCUGGAGAAAGGCAGGCAGUCACCUGGAGCUAAACAUAAGCUUUCCAGGUAAAUGAUGUCCCGUGAUACUAAAACAGAGUCUCAACAAUCUCAGGGCACCUCAAGUUCUUCCUCCAGUGCCCCUCAAUCCUACAGUCAGUCGUCUUCAUCGGGUACAUUAAGUUCUUUGGAAACUGUUCCAGUGCAAGAUCUUGCGUCCAUUCCUAAAGACCCUGAGAUAGAUGAGGAUAUUCCCCAGCCUUGGGGUCGUCUCUGGGCCCUUGGAAGGGGCUUUUUAAAUCAUGAUUGCCUGCUUGAAGAAUAUGUAUUUGGAAGAGAUAAAAAAUGUGAUUACACCUUCGAUAUUCCAGUAAUAAACCAGACGGAGAGGUACAAAACAUACAGCAAGCGACACUUCAGAAUAUUUCGGGAGUUUGGUCAUGGACACUCCCCUGUAGCUUACAUAGAGGAUCUGAGUGGCAAUGGAACUUUUGUUAACAAGGAAAUUAUUGGAAGAGGAAAGAAGUUGCCAUUAACAAAUAAUGCUGAGAUUGCACUUUCAUUAUCAUCUAAUAAAGUUUUUGUAUUUUCAGAUUUGUCUGUGGAUGAUCAGACUAUAUAUCCUAAGGACUUUAGUGAUAAAUACAUCAUGUCAAGGCCAAUAGGAAGUGGGGCAUGCGGGGAAGUGAAAUUGGCAUUCCAAAAGUCAGCUUGCAAGAAGGUUGCUGUAAAAAUUAUCAGUAAAAGAAAAUUUAAAAUGAGCACUUCUAGUAAUGAACACCCUAUAUCUGUUGACACAGAGAUAGAAAUACUGAAAAAAAUUGAUCAUCCUUGCAUCAUUAAAAUAGAGAAUUUUUUUGACUCUGAGGACUUCUUUUACAUUGUGUUAGAACUGAUGGAAGGAGGUGAAUUAUUUGACAAGGUAGUAAGUUCGACAAGACUCAGAGAAUCGACUGCAAAACUGUAUUUUUAUCAGAUGCUGCUAGCUGUUCAGUACCUCCAUGAAAAUGGGGUGAUACAUCGAGAUCUAAAGCCUGAAAAUGUUCUCUUGUCAUCCAGUAAUGAAGAAUGUUGCAUAAAGAUAACGGAUUUUGGACAGUCUAAAAUUCUGGGUGAAACUUCCUUAAUGAGAACUUUGUGUGGUACUCCUACAUACCUGGCACCUGAAGUUUUGAACACAGCAGGCACAACUGGAUACAGCAGGGCAGUGGAUUACUGGAGUUUAGGAGUCAUCCUUUUUGUGUGCCUUAGUGGAUAUCCUCCCUUUUCAGAACAGAAUAGUAAAAUCCCCCUGAAAAAUCAGAUUGCUGAAGGAAAAUACACCUACAUUCCUGCUGCUUGGGAUGCUGUAUCUGAGCAAGCCUUGGACCUAGUAAAGAAGCUUCUUGUAGUUGAUCCUGAGCAAAGACUAACCACUAAACAAGCUCUUGAGCAUCCUUGGCUUCAGGACGAUGAUAUGAAACAUACUGCUGAAAGGUUAAUGUAUGGUGUUGACCACACAAUGCCUCCUCCAAGCAAGAUAAACACAAGUAGAAAACGGGGACAUGAAUGGGAUCAAGAUGCCAGUACUUCCGCUUUUUCAGAGAUAUUACCAACCACAGCCGAAAAGAGAGCAAAAAAAUAAAAACUACUAUUUAAUAAAUGCUUUUGUAUAAAAACUGCAAUUGUUUUCAUCUGUAUAUCAAUUUAACUCAAUUAAAAUAAAGAGUUACAUUGUGAUGUA